AGCAGAAUGGCGGCUCUUUUGGAAUCUGUUCUGUUCAAGAAAGUGGACGUUAAAACGGUAUCGGACUGGUUAAAGAAGGAUGAGGAGGGUGAGAGGCUGGCAUUCAGUGAACCUGCGGCCACAGUUCACAAACAAGAAUUUGUCCCAUUUCUUUUAAAUUUCCUGAGAGAGCAGAGCAGCCAAGCACUAACUCAUGGCCCUGCCACGCCGGCCAAGACCCCCAGCCGCCACAUACCUGCUACACAGACGCAGGGCCUCACAGACAGGAGGGGCUGCAGGUCUGCUGGUGGUGGAGCUGGUCCUCGGAGUGCCAGCCGGGUCCAGCUGUUUUCUCCUGCGCCCUCGGUGUCACCUGCAUCUGAUUGGGAUGCUGCUGGUCAGGCAGGGUCUCACUCUCUGAGUGCCUUCAGCAGUCCAUCCUUCAGUACAGGAUGGAGCCCAGCCUCCAGGCCUUCAGGCUCUGAGCGACGAUCCAGCCAGAGGAUGAAUCUGGGGGACUACAUUCUUUCUCCUCCUGACCUCCAGAAUAGCCCCAACUUCCAGUCACAGAAGGGCCGCAGGAGAAGUGGAGGCAGCGUGGCAGUGGGGGGGCAAGGGAAGCAUGGAGGAUGGCGUGGAGGACAUCACAGUGAUGAGAUUGGACGGUGGGAAAGCGGAGGGAGGAGAUCAGGUAGAGGAGGAGGGAGCAGUAGGAUUAGUGAGCAGGUUUCGCCUCCAUCUGUUGGGCAGCUCAACUUCAACAACUUGGAGGACUUUCCUCCUGUUGGGUCAUCGCCCAUCUCACCUGCGGCAUCCAAACCAUCUAGAAGAAUAAACCCAACACCAGUCAGUGCAGAGCUGCCGCACUCCAAACCAAAAACUUGCUUCACCUCCACCCCAUUCAGCGAAUCCUCUAGUCCUUCAUUAGCUGUUGAGGCGCCUGAGGGGUUAUCGACAGUGCCGAGUCCUCUGAGCCUUCAGGAGGAGAGGGAGCUUCUAAAGAUGGAAAAGUCAAAGCGAGCUCAGCAGGUCAGUUCUCCUCUGCCGUCCUCUUUGGACCCUUGCACCCCGACCAAGUCAGGGCUUAGGACGGGAUCUAAAGUUACACCAGAUCUGCAGACUCCCUGUCCUGAACCAUCCAAAGUCACCUUCUCCCUGGAACUGGAUCUCCUGGCAGAGCUGUACUGUACCUGCAUUUCUGAAAACCUUGUUCCAAACAUUUUCCUGGAGCUUUUCUUUGUGGUGCAGUUGCUAACGUCACGGUCUCCUCACACUCAUGAAGAUGAUGAAGAAGAAAGUUUGUGUUCAGUCAAAUCAGAAGUCCUGGAGCGUUGCUACCUGAGACCAGUACACAACUGUGUGUAUUUUGCAGUGAAGGUUCUGGAGAAUCAAUUUCAGCUGCUCGCUCAUUUGGACAAGUGUACCUUGCGUCUGCUGGCAGAGAACGAGAGGGUGGCGUCUUUCUCUCUGGAUCUCAGGGACCGUCUGACUCAGGCCCAGGACGGAAGCACAGCCAAGCUCUCUCCUUCAGCUUCCACUUUUAUCCACUCCGUCCCAUUCCAGCCGGCGACAGACAACCGGUCCAACUUCAACAGUAACCAUGCCUUCCACACCUUUAAAAAACAAAGGGAUAUUUUUUACGAGGUGUUACGAGAAUGGGAGGACUUUCACAAAGAACCGGGGUGGAACUUUGACACUGCUCUCGGCAGCAGGAUAAGAGGAAUGAUGAGUCAGCUGACCUCUGCAGGAAACCAUUCCCAUUUUGCUCGCCUCUUCCUGAAGCAGCUUGUUCAGAUGUGUAAAGGACCCCGUGUGAACAGCUCUCCUGGGGACACUCCAGAUGCCGACCUGCUAGGCAUGCUGGGAGCUGACAGUCUGGGGCGUCUAAAGCGUCUUGAGGAGCGUCUCAUUCAGUCUGAUGGAGUCGUCGGCCCCUGCCCUCCUCCAUCCUUCCCUGGCCACCAGGAGUUCUUCAGGGAUUUCCUGCAGACAGCUAGCUGCUGCCAGCUGAACCAGCACCUGCAGGACAGCCUGUGUCAGCAGCUCCUCCAGCUGGACGAGGUGUCCAUCCUGAGUCCUCCUGCUCCCAUCGGGGAGGUGGAGGAGGAGGGAGAUGGCGACAUGGAGCAGCAGGAUGAGAAGCAGCGGUUCACCUCAGUGCUGCUCCUCGCUCGUCUCCUGGCUAAGUUUCUGGGAUUCAUUUCCUUUCUGCCAUAUCAAACAUCUGAGAAGCCUUCCAGGGAGAUACAGGAGACUGCUAUCGCCAUGCGCAGCAAGAGUGUUCCAGUGCUGGAUGUGUGUGCCGUGCUGAGCAACAGUAUGAAAAGGAGGCGCACCAUCCUGACCGUGCCCUGGCUGGUGGAGUUCCUCUCCAUGCUGGACUUCAUCGGCCCUCUGCUGCUCUGCUACAGAACUGCUUUAGGCACGCUGCUUCUCCUGUACAGGAGAAUGCUGCUGGGCAGAUGUGGAGAAAUGUGUUACCUGAAUAAACUGCUAAUGGUCUCUGUGCUCGGGUGGCUUUUCCAGAUCCCAGUUAUUCCUGAAGACAUUUUCUUCACCAAUGAAUUCACCGAGGUGGCCAAGCUGGAGGACGACAUCACGACUGCUGCAGGACUUGACUGCAUUCCUCUGGUGGAUCAACAGCUUCUUUAUACAUGUUGUCCAUUUCUUGCUGAGUUCCGUAAGCUCCUAGCUGCCUUUGUGUCUGGAAGCGCAGCCAAGAGUGGAGGAAUUAUCCGCAAGAUAACCCCCACUUCUGCUGAGCUCAGGGAUACGCCAGCUGCCAACAGAUCACAGCAGAAACUGCAGGUGGACCUGGAGCAAGCCUUCUUUCAUAACCAGCCCCCGUCGCUGCGUCGCACCGUGGAGUUUGUAGCUGAGAGAGUUGGUUCCAACGCCGUCAAGCAUAUGAAGGCCACAUUAGUGAGUGAGCUGGUGGACCGAGGUGAGAAGAUGCUGCAGGAAGGGCUGAAGUCGUCCAACGCAAAUCCUUCAAAACUGAAUGACUCCAUCUGUGCUCAGCUGUGUGUCGCAGGAUUGGAGGCGCUGGCAAGAGCCACCAGAUUUUGCUCUGAGAAGAGUCCUGAAGCCAUACGAAUUCUGCUCCCCGAUGAGACCUCUCCUGCUGUCCUGACCACAUCUGAAAACAUCACCAAACGUCUUGCAACAGAAAAAGCCUGCAGCUGGCUCUCUGCCAACAUCACAGCCCUGAUAAGACGAGAGUGGAAGAGCCGGUAUGAUCGUGUGAGGAAGGCUGUGGGAAGCCCAGUGGCUCCCAACUCGAAGGACGUGGAGGGGGCUGUGCUUGAGCUGGUCACCCCGGAGCAGUCGACCACUCCCAAGAGGAAACAAGGAAGUGAGAGAGUGACAUCCUGCCCUCCACACUGCAACCACACUGCUUCACUGCCCUCUGACAUCCUCAUUGAGCUCAAGGAGCUGCUGAGCAUUGCAGUCGGCCCCAGGACUGACGAGGAGCUGCUGACUGGCUCUCAGGUCAAAACGCUGCUGCAGAGAGUCAGAGACACGCUGGCCUGCAGGAAGUUCAUAACUGUGGUGUCAGAGCAGAUGAUUCUGAACUCUACUGUCCUGCUGGCCUGCAAACUGGUGUCUGCAGAGCUGCCGGUACUGCCUCUGUCAGGGUGCAGCAGAGGUGACGGGGUGGUUGUGGGUCCUGGUUCAGGAUCAGAGCCUCCUGUCAGAUCGCUGCUGGAGCAGCUUGCUGAGCUGUGGGAAGAGGACUGCUGUUCCUCCGCCCCGCUCCACCUGCUCUUCACCCCGCUCACUGUCACCGCUGUGCUGAAGGCCAGCGACACAGAGUGGAAAAACUACCUGUUCCUGGUAAGAAAGCUGGUUGACAGAGGAGUCUUGAGCGAGGAAGAGGUCACAUCUCAUUGGAAGAAGUUAACAAACUUGGCCUUGCCAGCGGAGCUGAUAGAGAAUUUCCAGCUGCAGUCAGAGAGUCUUAAACCCCCCUUGCCUGUGGCUGAGUUGCAGAGCCACUUGGAUAUGCUGCAGGUGUCACAGCAGACAGUAGAGGGAGCUACAUGACAACAGUAACACCACAGCAUCUUUCCUGUUAUCACCUCAGUGUUUUUGUCACAUCUGUCAGUGUGUUACUCAGGAGGAAAGGCAGAUCUGGACGACUUCUUGCUCUCGACCAUUUUUCGAAUUUGCCACUGCACAACCCAUCAAAGCUGUUCCUCAGUCGGCCUCUGCACAGACUCGGCAAGCUUCAGACUUUUGUUCUCCGCCUGUGAAGGGACAGCGGCCUUUCAUGAUUCCCUCUGCUCUUUUGCUAAGGUGCUGGUGAGAGCCCUGCCAGUCAGAAGUAGCUAUGGGAGCACAACAUCUCACACCUUUAGAUCUGUUGAACUUUCCUGCAAGCAACACUGGUAGAUGAUUGUGUCCAAAGGGAAAUACUAGUGCAGUAGAUGAAAGAUUUAAGACCAUGGCACAGACUUGGCAAACACAGAAGAAGGGUCAGCAUCAAACUGCUGAGGACUAAGACUGAGUAACAUGUACCCCCCUGAAGACCUUAACUCAUUAAAACAUCCCAGUUUUUAAAUGUAAGUUUCCACAAGAUGAGCCAUAGUUUGUCAAGAAACACUUGGACUGAAAAAUGUAAUUUUUUUUGUUUUGUUUUUUAGACUCAAAAGAAGAAAAUAAAAUGUCUUAAUUUUAGUACAGCACUUUCACACACUGCCUUUGACCGCCACUACUAGUGAUUGCAUGUUUAUUUCAUGAAUGCAAGGCUGCUUUUGUGAUUGUUUUUAGUUCAUGUUGAACGAGCGCCUGCUGCUUUUUAAAUUUGAAUGAAAUAUUUUUUUAUGUUAACACAGAAAUAUUAAUAAAGAUCCUGGUUUUAAA